AUGGAGAGCCCCUCCAGGUCCACCCCUUAUACCCUCGAGUAUCGAGCCUUGAGCAUCUCGAGUUCAGAUGAAACACGGUCAGAGACGCCGCCCAAAAACCGCGCCAACGAAGACCCUCAUGGCCACUCUGCGGUGAGGGCGAGAAGCAACCUCGGGCCGGCCACGAUUCUAGCCGAUGUUGCCAGCAUACUCUGCCCUCUCGCACUCCUCGGCUUCAGCAUCGUCAUUCUGCAGACAGACGGUCGCGAAAUCGAUGAGAUAUAUUUCAGCUACCAGAACGCCAUAACAACGGUUAGUUGUCUUGCUACCGCGUUCCCUAUCCUCUUUGCUGCCAUCAUGGGUCGUCUGAUGUACCAACUAUCGCGCUGGAUGCUCGAGCGCGGAUCCACAAUGGUGACACUUGAACAGUUGAUGGGCAGUCGGACCCUCGGCGCAGCUUUCUUAACGCAAGUUGAGCUCGGCGCCUUCAAUCUUGUUGGUCUUGUCAUAGUGUUCACUUGGAUCUGGUCACCGCUUGGGGGCCAGGCCCUGCUUCGAAUGCUUGACUCAAGGCUAGACACAAUUAUUAGCCCGUCGACGGUCGUUCAUUUUGACACAGGUGCAGCGCCACAGUUUGAGGCCUGGUACGAGGUAUCCGUCGUUCGCACCAGACACAGACGGAGCAUAGUUGCCACACCCCAUUCCAUGUACAAUGCUGCCCUUCUAUCACCAGACUCCAUCAGGAAUGAUAGCCAAGAUCUUUGGGGAAACGUCAAGAUACCCUAUCUCCCAUCAUACGGCGAUCUUGGUGACCCUGGAUGGCAGAGAGUCCCUUCUUCUCCCAUCUUUGAAUACUCUGCAUUGGUCGGCAUCCCUAUCAACAAUAUUUCGGUAGGAAACUCAAGCUUUCCCAUUGAGACCACCUACGUACAUCUCGACUGUUUCAGUUUGAAGAAGACAUUAUCCCCAAACGGAAAGUUCAUCGACAUCAAGAACACGUCACUUCAAGGCCUGUCGCCUUCACUACCCAACGGCACCUGGCAAGGCUAUGAAUCGAACGGUGCAAGCUGGACUCUUGCUGUUGAUACUUUUGCCGACACCAUGUGGAGUAAUUACUCCUUCUACGAGCGUCGCGGGCUUAACCGUUCGCAAAUCAACCAACCGUCCAUGUUUACCAACGAGGUCGGCGUGAAAGCCAACCCAACUGCCCUACUCAUGCAAAUUGAGUACCCAAGAAGUGGCAGGAGGCCAUCAGACUGGUUCUCUGCACGAUGUGGCGUGGUUCAGCAUUACGUCGAGUCUCGCAUCAACUGCUCUCUGGCCAGCAGUAACGCUCUACGAAAUUGCACUGUCGUUGAGCAACGAUCCUCGCAAAAAGCUCACGCGCCCGGCGAUAUCUCAUUCCUUUCGUUUCCAAGUAUCUUUAAAGAGCUGUCUCUUCAGAUGCCAGGGGUUGCACAACGUGACAGCAAAGUCUAUGGGUUGGAGCCUUCCCUGAAAUACCUCCAAAAUCCAUCCACUGCCAGCAUGGGCUCCGAGCCGUUGCCGGCUCUGGAGAACGUGGCACAAGAACUAUUCAGCUAUCGUCUAGGUCAACUGAUAAACUCCUAUCUCCUGAUCGGACAGGUUUUUGACAGUAUCUUGAGCGGAAAUAGUGAUCCCGAUGCUGUUUUCGAGCCAAAUAUUACAGUCCCCGUGGGGGUGACGAACCUCUCGGAGCUUUAUCAUGUAUCUCGGGCGUGGACAGGGACCUUUAUGUUCUCGUGUAUUGUGUUUCUUGCGGGUGGUGCCCUCAGUGUUGUCUUUGUUCACUUGGCAACUAGUCCGGAUGUGCUGGGCUUUGUUUCGACUGUCGUACGUGAUUCCAAGCACAUUGACACAACACCAGAGGCGGCAAAAAUGGACGGCCUUGAUUUGACAAAGUCGAUGAAGAUGAGGCGGAUUAGAUAUGGCGUUGUCCACGGGGCUCUGGAGGCCGAUCCUUUGCUUGGAGUUGGACCCGAGGAGACUGUUGAGAAGCUAAAGAGACUAUAA